AGGGGAGAGGAGGGCUGUUGCCGCGUGUGGAGGUUGCGUUUACCUGGUGAGCGGUUGUCGCUGGACACCGGAAGGGCCUCAUGGCGGUCCGUGCGUCGUUCGAGAACAACUGCGAGAUCGGCUGCUUUGCCAAACUUACCAACUCCUACUGCCUGGUGGCCAUCGGAGGGUCGGAGAACUUCUACAGUGUGUUCGAGGGCGAGCUUGCUGGUACCAUCCCCGUAGUGCACGCGUCCAUCGCCGGCUGCCGCAUCAUCGGGCGCAUGUGUGUGGGGAACAGGCAUGGUCUCCUGGUGCCCAACAACACCACUGACCAGGAGCUACAGCACAUUCGCAACUGCCUCCCAGACAGCGUGCAGAUCCGGCGGGUGGAGGAACGGCUCUCAGCCCUGGGCAAUGUCACCACCUGCAACGACUACGUGGCCUUAGUCCACCCAGACCUGGACAGGGAAACAGAAGAAAUCCUGGCGGAUGUGCUAAAGGUGGAAGUCUUCAGGCAGACAGUGGCUGACCAGGUGCUGGUAGGAAGCUACUGUGUCUUCAGCAACCAGGGAGGGCUGGUACAUCCCAAGACUUCAAUUGAGGACCAGGAUGAGCUGUCUUCUCUCCUUCAGGUCCCCCUUGUGGCAGGCACUGUGAACCGAGGCAGUGAGGUGAUCGCUGCUGGAAUGGUGGUGAACGACUGGUGUGCCUUCUGUGGCCUGGACACCACCAGCACAGAGCUGUCAGUGGUGGAGAGUGUCUUCAAGCUGAAUGAAGCCCAGCCUAGCACCAUUGCUACCAGCAUGCGGGAUUCCCUCAUUGACAGCCUCAGCUGAGUCACCUUCCAUACUGGUCCCGGCUUGGAUUUUGGCUCCCUCUCAGUGUUCCACCCAGUCUGUCCUGAAUGCUGGCAGGGCAGUGGCAGAGAACUCACCUGGACUCGUGGCUGUAUGCCCAGCCUUUCUUCAUCUGUGCCCAUCUCCUGAAUCUAUAGUUACUGCAGAAAUGUGCCACUUCAUGCUGGCUGGCAGGUCCUAUGGCUUCUGGCUGAGAGCUCUGUUGUCUGUGCCACCCCAUUAAAGGACAACUUCCUCUGGC